AUGGCGAGAUGUAAAUUAAAUAAAACUAACACCCUUCCAACACCGUUACGCUACGAAUGGUCCAAGGCGUAUCUGGCACGUCCUAAGGACAACCUAAUCGCGCAUCGUGAUAGCCUGCUAAAGGAACCGUUCCGUCCAUCGUACGAUAGGGAUGGCGAUCCAACGAUGGACUCUCUGAUGGAUUUCUCGUACGCCCGCAUUUGGCAGGUAGAAGCUCAAGACUUUCGCCACAAACGCACCGUUUCCGAGCGGUCCAGGCUGGCAAAAAAGAAAUUCCCACCCUACGCCGAGCGCCAAACGCAUCCGUGCGAAAUGCCAAAAGAAAGGUACACCAUGAAACGGUUCCUAAAUGUACCGGCAAAGGUUGAUACGGGGCGUAGGACCACCGUCCCAUUGCGUCCAUUGCGUACCUGCUGA